AUGCGUCUCAACAUUACGAUUCAUGAUGAGCGUCACGAGGAUGCCUGUACGUGUGUGGCUGUUUCUUUGAUGGGUGACAUCAUCAGCGCCGGCGACGAUUAUGUGCUUCGCCGCUGGAGCCCAUCUGGUGAGCCACUUGGCAAAGUGCAUCAGUUCGACAGCUGCAUCACGUACAUCACGUGGGUCCCUUUGCAAGGUGGUCGGAAAGGGAGGGGUUCUACGGCGGGAACAAUUGAGGGGAAAGACAAUUGUCUUGUAGCGUGCGCCGAUGGGACGUUUUGUUUUCUGAACGCGGCAUCCGGUCGUGUAGAGCGUACCGUUGAAGCGCAUAUUGGCACUAUAACUGGACUUGUGUACUCCGCAGACGCCUCUUCCAUUGUGUCCUCUGGGGAGGAUGGUUGUGUAAAGGUGUGGUCGCAGGCUGGUAUCCCGCGCACGACACUGGUUUCUGUCGGGAGGUGCAUCUACGCCCUUUGCUGGGGAUCGGAAACGACUGAACUUGGGGGCGACUGUGUGCUGUACUGUUUUGGCAGUGAUGUGAUCAUUAAACCACUUAACCCAACAGUGAAAAAGCAAUUAAAGUGGAAAGCUCACAACGGAGUUGUAUUGGCCGUGGAUUGGUCUCUGAUGACAGGAUUUAUCGUCACCGGUGGCGAGGAUGGGACGUAUAAAGUAUGGGAUUCUUGUGGUCGCAGUAUUUACGUUUCCGCAGCGGGUGGGCAUCCGUGUACGGCAGUUAAAUUUGCAGCCGACGGUGAGAUGUUUGCGGUAGGCUCCUUUAUGUGUCUGCGUGUGUGCGAUAAAACGGGAUGGAGUCAUACCUACGAACGACUCGCGGAGGGCAGUGCUCUUUCCCUUCAGUGGACGGCAGAUGGAACGCAGGUGGUAGCAGGGUGUGGUAGUGGGACGGUUUGCAUUGCACAGCUUGUGGACCGUAAAUUGUAUUGGGGGCAGUAUUGUGUGACCCUCGUAGAUGGUAACAAACUUUUGAUCCAGAAUGUUUUUACAGACACCGUGGAAGAGCUGGAGCAGCGUGACAAGGUCAUCAAGGUGGAACUGGGUCAUGGUUAUCUUGUGACAUGCACCACCACGCAAUGUGUAUGUUAUCCGAUUGAGAAACUCUCUGCACCUGUGCAGUUUGAUCUCCGCGAUGUUGUUAUUACGCUUAUUCUUGGGCCGAAACAGUUCCUUUUGGCGGACUGUAAUGCCGGGAUGCAGGUUUACUCCUACGAAGGACGACAGGUAUGCGUGUUGCGUCUUCAAGCAUCUCUUCGACCUGAAAUCAUGGCACUUGAUCUGGUCGCAUUGUCUCAAGAUACUGUGGCUAUUCGCAACCCUGCGGACCCCAAAAAGAUUAUCUUUUUUGAUGCCAAUAAUGGCAAACCAAUUGAAAACGCCACUAUUACACAUCAUCUUGAGGUGCUGUCGCUGGAGCUUUCGCAGCCUGGCUCCAUGAGCGACCGAAAGAUUGCCUUUGUAGAUCGUAAUCGUGACCUUUACUUUGGUUCAAUACAUCAGCGACUCGGGGUGCAAAAAAUUAGCACCAUGACCUCGAGUUUGGCGUGGCAUGAUCGGCACGAGAUUCUCACCGCCAUUGCGGAUGGCCACCUCACGACAUGGUACUACCCGACAAUUGUCUUUUCCGAUCGUGACUUGCUACCCAUUACAAAGACGGUGCGAGAUGACGGUGUGGAUGAAUUUUCCCGUAAUGACCGCAUUGUAUCCUUUGAUGGGACACGCGUGAGUGUGCGCCGGGGCGUUGAUGGUGCACUCUUGACGUUCAACACCUCUCCAUACCCCUCCAUGAUCUUUGAACACGUUACCCAACACGACUGGAAUGGUGCCAUUCGCCUGGCGCGCUUUUUAGAUGACAAACCAUUGUGGGGGAUUCUAACAGGUCUGGCGUUGCGGCAAGGCGAGCUAAACGUUGCAGAGGUGGGAUAUGGUGCGCUGUUUGAACUUGACAAGGUUCGCUACAUCCGUCAAUUGAAACGCAUUCCCACUCCUGAGGGACGACAGGCCGAGUUGGCGCUGUUUCAGCGGCGACAUGCGGAGGCGGAGCGUAUUCUUCUCCACGCCGGACUCAUCUACCGCUGUAUCGACAUGCACAUCCGUUUAUUUAACUGGGAGCGGGCAUUGGAGAUUGCAACGGAGCGAAAGACUCAUGUGAGUACGGUGCUGGCACGCCGCCAGAGGUAUUUGGAUGCUGUGGGCAAAGAGGAAACCAUUCCACUAUUCAAGGAGCUUGCGUCGUCGGUGAGUGUGGACUGGGACCUUGUGCUUGAGAAAGUGAAGCAGGAGGAGAUGAAGGAGUCACAGCAGCCGGGUGCCAGACCGUAUCAAUAG